UGUAUAAAUAAGAAUGCCGGAGAGAAAGAGAGAUAGAGAGAGUGAGAGAGUGAGAGAGAGAAUUUUCCCAGCAGUCGACCCAGCCUCCGUUUUCUCCCACUGCGAAGUUACGAGACUGAGUGAAGCAGUCUCGCUAACAUUCGAAGCAGAGACCGAACACCACCGAUGCAAUGGCUGGCACACUCCCUCUGCUCCUCCUCUUUGUCGCAGCUCAACUCCCUAGUUUAAUGGGACACUGCCUCCUCCGCUGUCCUUACAACCCCCACGCUUACUAUGUUUGUGGGACCGAUGGAGUGACGUACAAUAGCGAAUGUGAGCUGAAGAGGAAGGCUUGUGUGGAGGCCAUGAAAGGCAACCCCAUCGCUUUGGCAUACUCCGGCCGCUGCAGGCAACAUGGCCACUAUCCCUCGCCGUGCCCUCCGUGUCCCUAUGAGCCUUACAGACCUGUGUGUGGCUCGGACGGCAAGACUUAUGGCAGCAGGUGUGAGGUGCAGAGGCUUGUGUGCACCGAGAACAGAUAUGUAACCGUGGUGAAGGAAGGGCCUUGCUACGGCCAGGGGAGUUCCCAAGGGGGCGGCCAGGUGGGGAUAACGCUUCCCGGUGGCCUGGAGAUCAGCUUCAACCGUUGCAAGAAGAACUGCCGCAACCACCCCAACGCUGAGGUGUGUGGGAGCGACGGAGACACCUACAGGAACAAGUGUGAACUCGAGAAAGCUUCCUGCAAACAUCAUCACCUCUAUAUCGCCCACAAUGGACCCUGCAAUAACUACGGCGGGGGAGACGGAGGGGACCAUUGCAAUCCAUACAAGAAGUGCCACCCCUUUGGUCCGCAAGUGUGUGCCUCCAACGGCUUUGUUUACCACAACAGGUGUGAGCUGGAGAAAGUUGCUUGCGUCGACCGAAGAGUCUAUGAAGUGCCUUGCCACGCUCCAGCCAUCCACCCACCACCACAUGUCAUCCCACCACCACAUGUCCACCCUGUAGGCUCACACACCCACCCUGAGGCUCAAACACCCACCCUGGAGGCUCAAACACCCACCCUGUAGGCUCACACACACACCCUGCAAGCUCACACACCCACCCUGUAGCUCACACAUCCACCCUGUAAGCUCACACACCCAGCAGGGGGGCUCACAUCCAGGCAGUUCCCAGGGGUCUCAUGGCACUGGAUCCCUUUAUGAAAAACCUGCAAAGCCUCACCCUAGCCUGCCUGAGAAGCCCCACAUCACCCUGCCAGGCUCUCCGGGGGGCCACUAUGAGACCCCGAACAAGCCCCACAUCACUCUACCCGGAGGUUCCAGCGGCGGUUCCUACGACAAGCCUGCCAAGCCCCACGUGACGCUGCCAGGGGACAAGGCCGGGGCACCGAGAGAGACACUCCAAGAACACCAGGUAAGAUCGACGCUGGGAGAUGAAGUGGAGGAAGUGGAGGAGGUGGAGGAGAGAGGACGGGUGGAGAAGACAUCAGACACUUCGCUGGAAGACGCCUCCAUUUAGCUUCCACAACCUCCACACGUACCCAUGACGUCACAAAGCAGCCAGCCAAUCAGCAUCGAGAGCUCCAGCCAAUCAGGGUGAAGAUGCUGUGACGUCAUGAGAGUGUGGACCAAUGGGAAGGCGAGUUGGCGUGACGGCUGUUGAUUUUUCUCCUCCGUGACUUUAACGGACUAACCAAUUAACGUGUAUUUAUUUAUCGAUUUAUCUUGUUAUUGUUUGUUGAGUUUUGAUGUUAAUUGUUAUUGUGUGUAGUAGUGAAAUAAAGUAAUCGUGAACGAAA